AACAAGACCUGUGGGCCAAAUUUUUUCUUGUGGGCUCCGUUGCGCAAUGGCCCGCCACGACAUUUUCGAUGGAGAGCCAACUGUCAAACAGGGGGCGUCCAUUGCCAUGAUUGCCCGCGUUGGUUAUGGCUUCCUUCGACGCUUUUGAGCGUGGAUUUGCAAAAGCAAGCUUGGCUCAGGAUGGUGUUGGGGUGCCCUUUACGAAUUUGCUUCAGCUUUUGCCAAACAAGGAAUGGGUGCCAUUCGGCCACGAGGCUUUGUCGGUCGAGAGUGGUGCUUUUGGAACUCGAAAUCCGAACGUGCAGUUCUACUUGAAACCUUCGUUGAUGCCCAUUUGUGGGUCAGUGGACCUCAAGACUCAUGUCCUCUACCAAAAGGACUUGGCUUUUCUCAAGAAGGAUGGGCAACACGAAGUGAGGAUCAACAAAGAGAUCUCCAGCAUUUGGACUGCCAAAGAGCUGCUGAACUUCGCCCACGCGCGCUCGACCGAGUUCGACUUGGCCAACGUCGUCACCGUGCUGCACCGAAUCGCCAAGUCCGCCGACCGUUGGCAGAUGAAACGGGACGCAAGGCUUGGGAAGAUUGUGGCUCAAGCAGUGGAUGUGCUUGGAGAAGAUGGGCGGACAACACCUCGCGACAUAGCAAAGACUCAGUGGGCCAUAGGACGCUUGCACGUACAAGAUGCCCCAGUGCAAGAGAAACUCAACAGAGCGAUUGCUAGGCGAAUGAGUGAGUUCGAAGCACAAGGAUUGUCCAAUGUCAUUUGGGGCCUGGCCUUCGCGGAACAGGAUGCAGCGUGUGCAAUGCGCUUGGCUUUGCUGGAGUUCCACCAAAGAAUUGGUGAAUGCGACCCACAGGCUUUGAGCAAUGUUGCGUGGUCCAUUGCGAAGUCUUUGGCUGCGGGACAUGAGCCGUUGCUCCUGGCACUGUCCUCUGCGAGCAUCGCGCGCGUGAAGAAGUUUGAUCCGCAAGGGCUCGCGAAUCUCAGCUGGUCCUUCGCGACCCUGCAGCAGCACGAUCCUGUGCUUUUUGCUCGUGUCGGUGAAACCUUCCUCUCCAGCAGCUCCACUUGGGAGCCACAGCACAUCGCCAAUUUUCUUUGGUCGUGCGCGAGGUGCCAGGUGGAGUCACCACCUCUACUAGCUGGGCUUUGUGCAGCAUCCAGCUGCUCUUUGGACACCUGGACCUGUCAGGGCUUGGCCAACCUUGCCUGGAGUCUGGCCAAGCUGGAACGCGCAGAAAACAGCUUGUUGGAGAGGAUCAUUACGGUGUUAGCCCGCAAGAUUCGGCGUUGCUCGCCACAGAACACGGUGAACCUGGCCUGGUCCUUUGCCAAGCUUCUGGCCGCCACGUCAGCUGUUUUGGAGCUGCUUGCCAGCCAGACAACGAGGACCUUGGCGGAAUUCAGCCCGCAACAUUGCUCAAAUUUAAGUUGGGCCUUUGCCACUAUGAGCCACAUGCAAGAGCCCUUGAUGAUGAUGAUCAGCUUCCUGACGCAGGAUCUUCUCAGUUCUUUUGCAGUUGCAUCUUGUGUACAAGUGGCUCUUUUCCCGUUUCACUUAGGCCGGCACAUGCUGGAGUGCAAGGAGGAAUGCCACGCCCAAGAUAUUGCAAGCCUUCUUUGGUCAUGUGCCAAGCUUGCCUGGCAAGACCAGGCGCUCCUCAAGCAUUUGUGCGCUUCUUGCAUUGUGAAGGUUGAGAGCUUCAGUGCCCAGCAUAUGGCCAUGUGCACAUGGGCCCUGGGGUGCCUCACACUUCCCCAGCAGGAGCUGAUGCAUAGCUUUGCUCGCCAGCUGCCAAGGUCCCGGGGAGAGAUUGGGACGCAAGGAAUCUCCAACUUGGCGCAUGGCUUGGGGAAGCAGGCUUUGCGUGAUGAAGACUUCUUGGACUUCCUCUCUCAAGAGGCCAGUGGAUCUUUUGCUCUUUUCACGAACCAGGAGUUCGCGAUGACCCUUUGGGCGUUUGCCAAGUUGCACUUCCUGUCCCCUCCCCUGGUGGCCGGGGCGUGUCAAGAAUGUCUCGAGCGUCGGCCGCAUUUGCUUCCACAAGAUUUGGUGGUGCUGUCCUGGGCAUUUGCACGCUUGGAUGUUGGAUGGAUCUUGAGCGCUAUGUCGGCCGAAGUGCAGAAGUCCAUCCCAGAACUAGGCCCUCAAGACCUGGCGAACGUUUCAUGGGCCUUUGCCGCGGCUCAGGCUGGAGCUUGGAGUCUCUUGGAAUUCUUCUCGAUAAGUCUUUGUAACAGGGAGGGGCUCAAGGGCUUGUUCCCUUAUCUCUGCCAGUCGUGUCACCAGGUGGAAGAUGCGCCAAUGAUGAGCUCCAUCGCUCAGGAAGCACGUCGACAGAUCCUGGAACUGGAGGUGCAAGAUGUUUCGAACAUCUCCUGGGCCUUUGCGAAGUUUGGCCUCCGCGAUGCGCACUUCUUUGAGGUUUUGGCGGAGAGGGUGUCUGCUUUGGUGGGAUGCCUUUUGCCCCAGAACUUGUCGAUCCUAUGCUGGUCCUUCGCCAAGCUUGAGCUGCAAAAGCCCAAGCUCAUAACCUGCAUAAUGCAGGAAUGUUGGAAGCAUGUCGAUCAGUUUGAUAGCCAAGGUGUCUCAAACUUGAUUUGGUCUUUAGCAGUUUUGGCCUACGAUAGUCCCAGCCUAUGCCAGCGGCUCUCGCAGCGAGCGAUAUGCCUUGUGCAUGAGAUGACCGCGCAGGAGAUGGCGAACAUCGCAUGGGGACUCCAUGUUCUGCAGCAUGGCAACACGCUCCAGUGCUUCCUGCAACACUCUAUAGGCCCUUUCAGCCGAAUGGCCGUGCGGGAUGGAGCGGCCUGGGUGGAUUUCGUCAACGUUUGCCUGGAGGCACAGGAGGCCAGCGGAACUCAAUGGCCCCGACCUUGCUAUGUGCACCGUUCGUGCUGGACUCCUGACCCACUAGGAUAGAUAGAAGAAGAACAUGGCCGUCCAAUGCCGCUGCAAGUGUGGCGAUGGAGUGGCAUACACAAAACCAAGGGACACUUGCCAAUGGAGUGCCUAUGGGGCUGGAGGAAUUGGGUCUCAUUCAGUGGCACCGGUUUCAACCGCCUCGCAGUUCUGGGAGGACGGGAUGUGCAAGACGAGCGGCACGCAUUGCUCGGACCUCGAGCGUCCUGAGUUUUUGUGCAUUAAAGUGCGCUGGUGGGGCGGACUUCGAGUUCAUUGAACUUCUUCAAGGAGCACAUUUGGGCAUUGCUUUGAGGAGAGCCAUUGACAUAAGGUAAGAAUGUGAUGUGUACCUGACCUCCUGAUUUCUUUGGACGAAGCUGAAUGGCUACACAGUUUGGCCGCAGUGUUAAGCUUUAUGUUGACAACCUGAGCCCACCACAUGCCAAAUCUGGAUUCUUUCCGGUCAGAACAGUCGACGAUGAACAGCGUACUUGGAGCUGGCCAUGUAUUUGGCGUGGAAAGACUUCAAAUUCGACUCCUCCACACCCAUGCGAAGCAAAGGUAAGCUCAGGUUGAGCCUAAAGAAAAGGGGACGGUGUCGGUGAUGUUGCGGUUGAGCAUGUGGCAGCAGGUCAGCAAAACGUGUGGAGGUCACUUCAUCAGACGUGGGAGUGCAGAGAGAUGGAAGUAGAAGAAUUGAUUUUUUGGAGCUGGUGUACCGAAUCGGCGGAAGAAGGGCAGCGCGUGCAAAAAUUGGCUGAGAAGGUGCACGCCGCAGCUUUGCAAGGAUGAUUUGUGGAAUAAAGAGUGUUCAACUGGCGUGCUGAAGCCUUGAAACUGGAAAGUAUUUUUUCUCCGACUUUAUAUAGUCUUCCAAAGUGCAAGGCUAGACAAGACCUUGAGAGGGUUCUCUUCAGCCGAAACUUUGCCUUGC